AUGAGAGCAAUUGUCGCAGCUCGCGUGGCUACAGCCGCUGCUCCUGUGUCGCGCAUAGCACAAAGACGAUACUUCUCCUGCACGACCAGGCGAUUGGAUAACUAUGGGUUCAUUGGCUUGGGCCAGAUGGGCUAUCAAAUGGCUAAGAAUCUGCAAUCCAAAUUGAAGCCGAGCGACAAGGUGGCCAUCUACGAUAUCAACGCAGACGCGGUGAAGGCUCUAGAGUUGGAGAUGAAAGCUGCCAGUGGCGGUGCCACGGUGGAGGUCGCCUCCAGUGCGUUUGAUGCUUCCAAGGAUGCUGAUACCGUCAUUACAGUGCUGCCUGAACCACAGCAUGUCCAAGGAGUCUACAAAUCUAUUCUGAGCCCCUCGCUUCCUAAAAAGGACCGCCUGUUCAUUGAUUGCUCUACAAUUGACCCAUCGACUUCUCGGCAGGUGGCUAAAACUGUUGCCGAUGCUGGUCAAGGAAAAUUCACGGAUGCGCCCAUGUCGGGCGGCGUCGUCGGCGCGACAGCCGGUACUCUGACCUUCAUGCUGGGCGCCGCACCGAGCCUCAUGCCCCGUGUCGAGCCGAUCCUGCUGCUGAUGGGCCGCAAGGUCCUGCACUGCGGAGACCAGGGCGCCGGAUUAUCUGCUAAGCUGGCGAACAACUACCUCCUGGCCCUGAACAACAUUGCGACCGCAGAGGCGAUGAACCUGGGCAUGAAGUGGGGGCUGGAUCCCAAGAAGCUCGCAGGCGUGAUCAACGUGAGCACCGGUCGUUGCUGGCCUAGUGAGGUCAACAACCCGGUGCGCGGCGUCGUGGAGAAUGCGCCUGCCGGGCGUGAUUACAAGGGAGGCUUUGGCAUCUCGCUCAUGAAGAAGGAUCUCCGCCUAGCCAUGGUGGCGGCCAAGGAGGCUGGCGCGCAGAUGAAGCUUGCGGAAUCAGCGAUGAAGGUGUACGAAGAGGCGGAAAAGGAGGACCAGUGCGCGGGGCGGGACUUUUCGGUUGUUUAUAGACAUCUCGGCGGUAAAGAGGAAUAG